CUAGUAGAACAGAACUUCAGUUUUAUUACACAGGUCAUUAAGCCAAGCCAACCCAAAUGUAUGGGUCUGUCAAAGUCAUGUGUUAGGCCUCUCACUCCAACCCCUCUUCGCUUUCUCUCCACAAACACCUCCAAAACUCCAAACGAAUUCACCAACCUCUGCUCCAAAGGCCGCCUCAAAGAAGCAUUUGAAUCAUUCACAUCAGAGAUUUGGUCCGACCCAUCUCUCUUCUCUCACCUCCUCCAACGAUGCAUUCAUACCCAAUCUCUCUCACUCCUCAAACACCUCCAUUCUCUGAUCAUCACAUCUGGGUCUUCCUCAGAAAAGUUCGUAUCCAACCACCUACUCAACGCCUAUGCCAAAAUCGGAGAACUUUCAACCGCCGUUACACUGUUCGACGUAAUGCCCAUGAAGAACAUCAUGUCUUGCAACAUUUUGAUUGGUGGGUUCAUUCAAAAUGGUGAUUUAGAGAGUGCACGUCAGGUGUUUGAUGAAAUGCCGGAACGAAAUGUUGCGACGUGGAAUGCGAUGGUUGCGGGUAUGACCCAGUUUGAGUUUAACGAAGAGGGGUUGAGUUUGUUUUCCCAAAUGCAUGGUUUGGGCUUUAUGUUGGAUGAGUUCACUCUGGGUAGUGUUCUUCGAGGUUGUGCUGCGGGUUUGAAAGAUUUGAAUGUGGGCAGGCAGGUUCAUGGAUAUGUGGUGAAAUCUGGGUUUGAGUUCAAUUUAGUUGUUGGGAGUUCUUUGGCUCACAUGUACAUGAAGUCUGGAAGUUUGGAAGAAGGAGAGAGAGUGAUCAAAGCAAUGCCAAUUCGCAAUGUGGUUGCUUGCAACAUGCUUAUUGCGGGUAGAGCUCAAAAUGGUUUCUCUGAGGGUGCUUUGGAUCAGUGUAAUAUGAUGAAAAUGGCAGGUUUUAGGUCUGACAAGAUUACGUUUGUGAGUGUAAUCAGUUCUUGUUCGGAGUUAGCAACACUUGGACAAGGCCAACAGAUUCAUGCGGAGGCAAUAAAAACUGGUGCAGGUACUGUUGUUGGUGUUAUUAGUUCACUGAUUAGUAUGUACCCUAGAUGUGGUUGUUUGGAUGAAUCUGUAAAUGCUUUCUUGGAAAGGGAAGAAGCCGAUGUGGUCUUGUGGAGUUCAAUGAUUGCUGCAUAUGGGUUCCAUGGGAAGGGAGAGGAAGCCAUCGAGCUGUUUAAUCGGAUGGAUCAAGUGGGGUUGGAUGCAAAUGACGUUACUUUUUUAAGCUUGCUUUAUGCUUGUAGUCAUUGUGGAUUGAAAGAUAAAGGACUUCAAUUCUUUAAUUUGAUGAUAGAAAAGUACAAAUUGGAGCCUCGGCUAGAACAUUAUACAUGUGUGGUUGAUCUGCUUGGGCGGUCUGGCUGUUUGGAGGAGGCAGAAGGUUUUAUAAGAACUAUGCCUGUAAAGAAAGAUGCUAUUAUAUGGAAGACUAUAUUAUCUGCCUGUAAAAUCCAUAAAAACACAGAUAUUGCUAAAAGGAUUGCUGAAGAAGUUCUUAGGCUUGAUCCUCAGGAUUCGGCUCCUUAUGUGCUGCUGUCGAAUAUUCAAGCCUCUGGUAAAAGAUGGCAGGAUGUUUCAGAAGUGAGGAAAGUGAUGAGAGAUAGGAGGGUGAAGAAGGAGCCAGGUAUCAGCUGGUUUGAGGUGAAGAACCAGGUUCACCAGUUUUGUAUGGGUGACAAAUCCCAUCCACAAUCAAUGGAGAUUGAUAUGUACUUGAAAGAACUGACUUGGGAAAUGAAACUGCGGGGUUACGUGCCUGACACCGGCUCUGUUUUACAUGACAUGGAUGCUGAGGAGAAGGAACAUAACUUGGCACACCAUAGCGAAAUGUUGGCAAUUGCUUUUGCUCUGAUGAACACCUCAGAGGGUGUUCCAAUCCGGGUGAUGAAGAAUUUGCGUGUCUGCAGUGAUUGCCAUGUUGCUAUCAAGUACAUGUCGGAGACAGAAAACCGAGAAAUUAUUGUACAAGAUGCUAGUAGGUUUCACCAUUUCAAAGAUGGGAAAUGUUCUUGUGCUGAUUACUGGUAGGGAGAUUUUACACUGCUUUGGCUGUUUAUGGCAUUAAUUCUUUGUUUUAUGUUUUGAACAAUGGGAUUUUUCUGAUUUAUUCAUGUAACAUGAUUUUAACUUA